AUGUCGAGCAGGCCAUCGUCAUCGGCUAGGCCCGUCCAAGAAGUUCUGCCCAAUAAUGACUACGAAACCACCAACUUGGCCCAGAAGGCAACAAAAGAUAGUCGACCCCCACAAUCCUCGAGGGAUCCUGCACCGAGGCAACACCGCCGCUCCGGAAGCCAGCGGUCGGGUCACCACGGCCAUGAUGGAAACGCCGAGGCUGGUCCGUCUACGCCAUCUCAAGCCUCGCAUGGCUCGUCGGACCCGCGAACGCGUAAGAUGAGGACUGUGAUCCCUGCACAGUCCGGGAAAUGGAAUCUUGGGAAGACCAUAGGUGCUGGCAGCAUGGGGAAAGUGAAGCUCGCCAGGAAAGAAGAUGGAUCCGAGCAGGUUGCAUGCAAGAUUAUCCCCAGAGUUACGCCAGACGAUGGACAUACCCCACGAGCAGAACGGGAACGAGCCGACCUCUCCAAGGAAGUCAGGACUGCGCGAGAGGCUGCGAUCGUCACACUUCUCAGCCAUCCACACAUAUGUGGUCUUCGGGACGUUGUGCGGACAAACUUUCACUGGUAUAUGCUGUUCGAAUACGUGAAUGGUGGCCAGAUGCUGGACUACAUCAUCUCACACGGUAAGCUCAAGGAGAAGCAGGCCCGGAAGUUCAGCAGACAGAUUGCCAGCGCUCUCGACUAUUGCCACCGCAAUAGUAUCGUGCAUCGAGAUUUGAAGAUCGAAAACAUCCUCAUCAGCAAGACUGGUGAUAUCAAAAUUAUCGACUUCGGCCUGAGCAACCUUUUCGCGCCCAAGUCGCACCUGAAGACAUUUUGUGGAAGUUUAUACUUUGCCGCCCCAGAGCUGUUGCAAGCAAGGCCCUAUACGGGGCCAGAGGUGGACAUUUGGAGUUUUGGAAUUGUGUUGUAUGUUUUGGUUUGUGGCAAGGUUCCUUUCGACGACCAAAACAUGCCGGCAUUGCAUGCAAAGAUCAAAAAGGGUGUGGUGGACUACCCAAACUGGCUAUCGUCAGAAUGCAAGCACCUACUCAGUCGCAUGCUUGUCACCGACCCGAAGCAACGAAUCACCAUGGCCGAGGUUCUUUGUCACCCAUGGAUGGUCAAGGGCUACAGCGGCCCUCCGGAGAAUUACCUCCCUAACAGGGAGCCUCUCACGCUCCCUUUGGACCAGGAAGUGAUCAAUGGCAUGACUGGCUUCAGUUUCGGGCCGCCCGAGGUCAUUAAGGCUCAGCUUACCCGAAUCAUCGAAUCGGAGGAUUAUCAACGUUCGGUGCGCGCGUACCAACGGGAAAAGGAGACACAGCAAACUCCAAAAGACCCUGAGAAGAAACGUGGUUUUGGCUUCUACCGACGUCGGAACUCGUUUAGCAGCAAGGACACGCUCACAACGCCCAGUUCAGAAGGUUUAGCACUGGGCAACGACCCUCUUAAUGCAUUUAACCCCCUGAUAUCAGUUUACUACCUUGUUCGCGAGAAGCAGGAGAAAGACAGCGCUUCGCGACGGCCAGCCACUUCGGCAAGACCCAACGCUGUUCCGGAGAUCGCCCCACCACAAGAGGCGCAUACCAAUACCUCUACGUAUGAGAUGCCCGGUGAGAAUGCUACAGGUGGGCGAACGCGACCGCGGGCGCGGACACAUGGCGAGGACGAUGCACCGACUGAGCCCAUCAGGCCGCCGCAGCUAUCUCCCCCGGCCAUACCGCCGCCUGAGCGCCUGGAGCCGCCUAAGAAGGAGAGUGCUGCUGCCGGGCUCCUCAGACGGUUCAGCACAAGACGGCGGAAAGAACAACCUGAGAGACUGGAUAAGGACCGUUCGCACCCACCUGUGGUUCAGGUUCAUUCUCCUGCCGAGAAUAGUUCGCAGCCCGCCUCAGCCAUCCGCAAGAGCUUCAGCAUUAGGCGGGGCAGACGCGAUAGGGAGGAACAAGCCUCGGCUGAAUCGCAAGCCCGAAUGAGGGCUGGGAGCAGUCAACCGCAGCACAGUGAUCUGCUAAGCCCCCCACUCUCUGCAGGGGCGAACACGCAAACAUUCAGGAAGGGGCUUGGCCGUUCUGCAAGCGUGAACUCGGGAGAAUUCUCUCGGAGGAGGGCGAUGGGGUCUGCGCGAACAUCCAAGGACCCUCCCCCAACAAGCGGAUCCGAUCAGUCGACCAUCCACGAGAAGCCUAAGGAACAGCCAGAAAAGCAACCUCCGACGUCAGCCGGCACAGGCCAGAGCAUGGCCAGCCGGACAAAGUCGCUUGGUCACGCCAGGCAGGAGAGCAUCCAAGCCAGGCGGCAGCGUCGCGAAGCAGAGAAGAAGCGCGAAGCGAAUGUACCCGAGGAGACGGACGCUGAGGUUAACGGCGCAGAUGAUUCGUCUAAGGAGCGAGUGACCGACUUUGACCUUGACAAGCCCGUGUACCUGAAGGGUCUCUUUAGCGUGUCAACAACGUCGGGCAAGCCAGUACGCGAGAUUCGCGCGGAUAUCAAGCGUGUGCUCAAGCAGCUGGGUGUCGACUACACGGAGAUCAAGGGUGGCUUCUACUGCCGGCACUCGCCAAGCAUUAAUAUGACAAAUGCUGCGGAUAACGGCACUGCUAGUCCUGCGCAGACCCCAAGUGGCGCCAAGCGACGAUUCAGCUUUGGCGCGUUGCGCAGUAAUGAUGGCAAGGAGGAGAGUAAUGGGGAAAAAGUGCCCGUCACGCCGAGGACGCCGGGCAGAUCCGGGGGUGGGUCUGGAACAGACCGGGAUCGACACGAUUCAAGCUCCGAGGUCUCGGAAGAUAGCGGGGCGCGAGAGGAGACAUCGCGCAGAAGAGAUCAUCCGGCGGGCGAGACGCGGACACACGUGCGAAGCGACAUGGGCGAGAGCAUGGUGUCCGAGUUUGAGAUAUUCAUUGUCAAGGUUCCCAUGAUUUCACUCCAUGGUAUCCAGUUCAAGAGGUUGGGCGGAAACACGUGGCAGUACAAGAAUUUGGCCGAUCAGAUAUUGAAGGAGCUCAAGCUCUAG